GAUAUUUAACUGUCAGUGCUGUCAAAAAUUCUCAAGUUCCGAAUGGUUUUUACAAUUGUGUUGCGCUGGGGAAAGUAUAAAAAUUUAAGAUUUGUCGGAAUUUUUGUGUAAAUAUUAUUAAAUAUAUAUGAUAAAAUGAGCAAAAUAUAUGGAAAUAUUGGCAUAAUUGUGUGACCGAAGUGAAUAUAAGUACAAAAAAUAGUUUUUUUUUGAGGAAUUACUACAAGAAAACGCUGUUCAGCAGAAAAAAGAGAAAUUUUGAUGACGGCCAAGAGUAUGAGCUGGGCUUUUAGCUGAACAAUGACAUCGAUGGCCAAAAUCUAUCAAAAAACCGGAACAACAGCAGAUGCAUUUAAUAAAUCGUGCUGUGGCAGUAUAUCCAGAGAUACAUUUUUGUAAAAGAAAUAAUAAAGUGAAGUUGAUACUACAUCAACAAACAGUCAUUCCAACGUGUACUGCUUAACUCAUAGCAGCCUUCGGAGUUCAGUGCCACAAGUUAUCGCUAAGCGCCCGCACAAUCGCUUCUUGUUUAGUAAAAUAUACAAGAAUUAAAUAAAAACAAAAUUUGCAACCAUGAAUUCAACUGUGUACACUAAUAGUGUCACUAUCAUCAGCAGUAACAGCAAUAGUCACAAUCACAACAACAGCGCCAACAUCAACAAUAUUACAAUUACAAGUAAUAGCAAUGCGAAUAAUACAAAUAACUUGCCUGCCUCCACACCCGUAGCUACGAAUCAUACAACAACUACGCACAUAACAACAACAACAAGUAGCGAUACAACAGUUUUAACAGCGGCAGCUGGAGGUGAUGCGGCAAAUGUGCCGCUUAUGACCAAUAAUACAAGUAACAAAAGUGUAGCAGCGUUUGAUGAUCAAGAGGCGUUACUACAACGUGCCGCAGACGAACGUGAAGCAAUUUUCAAUCGUUACUCGUUGGGUUUAGAUCCCACUAAUGUGGUCGACCCUUGGGAGAAUCCUACAUUUGAGCUCUACCAUAUUACGGAUAAAUAUGGCUUCAUGCACGAUUCCCGCCUGCCCGACACCCGCGACUCACAGGAGCUACAGCGUACCAAAAUCGAAUUAGAGCGCGACAAGAAAUGGAUGAAAAUGCUUGCCAAUUGGAAUCCCAAUAAUGAGAAAGUGCGACGACGUGUCUUCAAAGGUAUACCAGAUCGUAUGCGUUGGCCAGCAUGGAAAAAAUUGCUGAAUGUUGACGAAUUGAUUGCCGCAAAUCCAGACAAAUACGCGUCUAUGUUGGCAUUGGCGCGUAAAUACUCCACCGAGGUGCGUCAAAUCGAUUCGGAUGUAAAUCGACAAUUUCGUGAUAAUGUCGCUUACCGUCAACGGUAUAGCGUUAAACAGUGCUCCCUCUUCAAUGUGCUAAAUGCGUAUAGUAUAUAUAAUCCAGAAUUGGGUUAUUGUCAGGGUAUGGCAUGUCUGGCCGGUGUGCUAUUGCUUUUUAUGCAGGAAGAAGAGGCAUUUUGGGCGUUAAAUCAAUUAAUUAUAGAUCGUAAAUAUGCUAUGCACGGUCUGUUCAUUGAGGGCUUCCCAAAACUGACGCGCUUCCUUGAACAUCACGAUCGGAUACUGUCGAAGAUGAUGCGUAAAUUGCAUCAACAUUUCAUGAAGCACAAUGUCGAUGCCAUUCUUUACUCGAUUAAAUGGUUCUUUGUGAUCUUCGUGGAGCGGAUACCAUAUAGUUUAGCUUUGCGCGUGUGGGACAUUUAUCUGUUGGAGGGUGAACGUGUCGUCACUGCGAUGGCCGUCACCAUACUAUAUUUGCACAAACAGGAAUUGUUGCGUCUCAAAGAUAUGGACUCAAUUAUUGAAUAUUUGCAAGUGAAAUUGCAUAAAAAUUUCGGUUACAACGACGACUACGUAAUUGAGGCACUCGAACGUAUGUUGAAAAAGUUGAAAGAAUUGAAAUUGGAUGUGGCACCACCCCCAAAAGCGAAUGAAUUCCCUGUUCGACCGUUGGGACAAUUCGUGGAGGCGGAUGUUGAGAAAAAGAUCGGGCGACGACGUUCCGAAUAUACCGAUACGGAAAAACAAGUUAUAACUGAUGUGAUAUUGAGAUCUGAACAAAAUGCAGUAGAAGUACAAUCAACUAUGUCGUAUGAGACCUCUGAAUGCGCUACCGGUGAUGCAUAUUCAAUGAAAACGUAUCGAAGUAUCACUAGUUUAGCCACCUCACCGGCUGUUAGCAGUUAUUCACUAUAUAGUAAUGGAUUUGUUGUCACCACCAACAAUAAAUUAUACAAUGACAUUGACAACAAUGCUUACAAUAACGGUCACAAUCACAACCACAGCCAGAGUUAUUUACAUAGGCACAGUAAUAGUUAUAGCUACAGCCAUACAAUGUUACCGUUACAAAAUCAUACAGACGUUGACGUUGACUAUUCGAAUGUUGUUGAUUUACCGCCAGACUUUAAUGAAAAUGCUGACAUUGAUGACGAUGAACUCAGCGUACAAAAUACUCGGCUAUAAAUUUAUAUACUAGAAAAUGUGCAAAAAAAACUAAGUAAUUCCACAUUUACUAGUGCACUAAAUAUGUAUUUAUAAACUUAUUAAUAAAUUUAAUAAUUAAAAUAAAUAUAUGUAUGUAGUUAUUACAAUAUGCCAAUUUAGCUAGCCUUAAGCUUAAAAUAUGCGAUAGUAAUGUAAUGCUAUUGCGUUUAUAAAAUAUAAAUAAAAAAUUAUAGCAUUUAAUAUUUUUUGUUUGAAAAAUAUUUUAGAAAAAGCUUGCAUAUUUAUAGGCUGAAUAUAGCGAUUGCGUAAAACUGCUGUCAUAUACAUACAUAGGUCACAAAAUAUUUGAAAAAUGUUUUUUUUUUUUUUAUAUUACAUUUAAUAAAUUUCCCCCAUACAUGGAAUGUAUUACCUUAAAUACUAGCAAAUAACAGCCUAAAAUAUUAAGUAUAAAAUAUUUUUUUCCAUAAUAUGAAAAUUUAUGCCACGAAAUCGAAACAGAAAGGGUACUAAAAAAUUUUUUAUAUUAAAAUUAUGAGAUUUACACAUAUAUUUUUAUGUUUAAUUGAAUUCCCCUAUUGCCAAAAAAUACCUUUACAACAUAUAAUAUACAAAAACCAAUUUACAGUUGUUAAAAAUAUAAUUGACGUAAGCUGCUAGAAUAUUCCAUUAGCUGUUAUUGCUAAUGUAUAGUGACAUUGCUAAGCAUCGUAUUCGCUAUAUUCAGUCUAUAACAUAUAAUUAUAUAGCCAAAUUCAUUAUAUAACUCCUAGGAUUGUUAGUAUAGAGUUAAAAAUUUUAUUUUCCAUAUUGUAGCUUGCCUUUUUGCUAAGCACACAUACUGCUAAAAGUGUAUACUUUAUAAAAAAAAAUGCCAUUGCAAAAAAACAUAAGUAAUUAGUUAAAUUUUAUAAUUACUCAAUAUGUAUUUGUAAACUUCAGAAUCUCUCUUCAAUAAUACUAUGCCUCACUCCUUUUGUCAUACUUAUUUUACUCCAAACAUUGCCUAUUGCAAACAUUCCCUUACUUAAUGCAGUUAUUAUAUAUGUACUUGUAUUUUCCAUAGAAGUUAUUAAGAAAAAAUGGUAUUGAAUUAUUAGCUGAAUUCAAACAUUCUAUAAUAAUAAUUCCACAAUAAUUUGUGCGCUUAAAUGAAUUAACACUAAUUUUUUAAAAGUUUAUACAUAAUUUCGUACUGAUUUGCAUUUGUUUUUUUAUGAAAAUAUCUGUUUAAAUUUCGGAUAUUUUCCAUUAGUUAAUUUUUUUUAUUAUAUCUUAGGUGCAUAUGCCACCUUUUAACUUUAACGACACAUGCAGUCAGUGUGUUUAAUUAAAUUGUAAUUACACACAAACAACAGUAAAUUUUUUCUUUAUAUUGGGCAGAUUAAAUAUAUUAGUAGUUCAACAAAAAUUAUAAAAAUAUAAAUAUUUGUAAACAUUUAUUUUAAUUUUUGAUUUGUUCUUAAAAAUAAAUAAUUGUUCAUAAUAUUGUUUAAUAAAAUGUAUUUAUUUUUGAAUAAGUUAAAUAAUUUUUUCUCCACAAGUCACUAAAAUCAUAUUCUUGUUCCAGAAUACCGUAUUUUUUGUAUGCAAAGCUAAUAUUUUAGACGCUCAAGCCAAAUUUUCAAUAUUUCAAAUUGUUAGUUACGAGCACGAUUUUGCAAUUAUUUAGCUUCGAAGUCUAUAAUUUCAAUCAUUGUGUGUAUUAUACAUACAUAUGUAUGUAUAUAUGUACAUGUGUGUAUAUUCAUUGUGCUUAUAACAUAAACUUGUAAUUCCUAUUUUAUUCCUAUAUAACUAUUUUAUACUAUUUACCAAUACUUAUUUAUUUAUAUAUUAUGCUUACAAUGCGAUACCUGUACCAUGAUAUUUAUUUACAACUAUGUACUUCAUCUAUAUACAAUACUUAUACAUAUAUACCUACCAUAUAAUAUGUGAAAAAUAUAUAAUUUUUUGCAUUUACAAUGUCAUUUAAUUAGUUAGCGCUUUUUGUACGCCUGACGUCAGUAACUUGCAAAAAGUGCUUUAAAAGUUAACGAAUUUUCAUGCAAAUAUCGAAAGUCUACGCAUUUCACACUUGGCACUGUAGUAGUGUGUUUAUAGCAUUAAAAAAUGUACUGAAAUUUAAAUAAACAUAAAUAAUUAAAUUAUAAAUAAAAAUUAUUUAAUUUUUAAA